CUUCUACUUACCUAUAACACAGUUUAUCAGUGUCACUUGACACUUCGUUGUCACUACAUGUACCCGUCGCAAACGAGGAUUUAUGAUUAAUCAAUUGUGCUAUGAAAGACUUGAUGAAGUGUGUACUGAUAUCUACUGUGAUAUCAUUCAUGAUUAUGAAUACUGUUGCCAUGACAACAAACAACCGUGUCCUUCUGAGUGGAGUGCUGGUUAGCUCGGCUCUUGCUGCGUCAUACUAUGGGGACUACAUCUUUAGUCCACUAGAGUUGGCAACAUUGACGACUGUUAUUCUUGUUUUGAACUUUCCCAGAAAAGUUGUUUCAGAAUCCCAAGAAUCCUGCACGGCACCGGGGUAUACGGCUGACCCCUUGUUGGGAUGUUAUCGUCCGUAUAAUGAACUUAAGACCAAUACUGACGCCAGACAACAGUGUGCUAAUGAUGGAGGACGGCUUCUGUUAAUGAACUCCGAAGCUGAGUAUGACAGAUUGAAAUCCGUAAUUGUACAAAAUUCUCUCGUCAACGUUUGGAUUCAGGGAUCGAGAAGUUCCGUUUCCUCGCCAUGGUUAGCAGACAAUGGCGACCCUCUUCCUUACCUAGGCCCAGAGUAUAUAGAGUCAGCUCAACCUACGUCAUUAGUAUUCCUAAUUGAUGUAAAUGGAUAUACUGGCGGAACGUCAGGCACAGGUCAAUUCUCUUUUAUUUGUGAAAAUUGAUUUUCUAAACAAUAAAGAGAAAUUU